AGUCAACCUGUUUUAGCUACUCACCUGCUGAACACCACCCGAGAUGUCGUUGUGUCAGAACCGUCUCCAGGAAGAGCGAAAGCAAUGGCGUCGCGAUCACCCAUUUGGCUUUGUCGCAAAGCCGAAACGUUCCCCGCAGGGUGGCCUGGACCUGAAGAACUGGGAAUGUGCCAUUCCAGGGAAGGCUAACACUCUCUGGGAAGGUGGACUUUUCAAAAUCGACUUGAUUUUCCCCGAUGAAUACCCUACCAAGCCUCCCAAAUGCAAAUUCACACCGGCACUUUUCCACCCUAACGUCUACCCUUCCGGAACGGUUUGCCUGUCAAUUCUGAAUGAGGAGGAGGGUUGGCGACCUGCCAUCACUAUUAAGCAGCUCUUGCUUGGCAUCCAAGAUCUCUUGGAUGACCCGAACCCCGAGUCACCUGCACAGGCCGAGGCCUACAACCUCUUCAAGAAGGACCGUCCUCAAUACGAACGUAGGGUUCGCAUGGUUGUGAAGGAAAACCAGCCCAACUAG